UUGACGUGCGUAAAGUGAAAGUGUCACGUCGGCCAAUUCGCUGUCAGUAAUAUUUUUGUUCCGAUAUAAUUUCGUAUUGGCUGCUUAUUGGUACGGAAAUAACGCUAGUUUUGAAAAAGAGAAAAAUAAUAAUUGUUACUUGUUUUAUGAAAACCAUCUUACGUGUGUAAAACAGUAGUUAAGGACAAGUUAUCUCUGAUCUAGGUUAUUGCCGGGAAAAAUGGGUGUUAAGCCUGCAAUUGGAAGAAAAUCUAACAAAAGCCCACCUAUAUUUAGCCAUGAAUUUGUGAUCCAGAAUCACGCAGAUAUAGUAUCAUGUGUGGUUAUGGUUUUCCUGGUUGGACUGAUGGUUCAGUCGACGAGUCCCAUCGCCAGUUUAUUCAUCAGUCUGCACCAUAAUGUUAGUGGCGUGGAGCCUACGAGAGAAAAUCCUAAGGGUGAGCCUUUCUCGUACGAAGCGGGUUGGAAAGAUUCCUGCGCGGUGUUCUUCUACUCGCUCGUAUGCAUCGUGAUGCAUGCAAUCCUUCAGGAAUACUUCUUGGACAAAAUAUCAAAGAAGUUCCACUUGUCAAAAUCAAGAUUGAGUUCGCUGAAUGAGUCUGGUCAGCUGGUUGUGUUCCAUUUGGUGACCUUGCUAUGGGGAGGUGAUGCUAUUCUUCGAGAAGGAUUUGCAUUCAACAUUUCACAGCUGUGGGAUGGCUACCCGAACCACCCAAUGAGCUUCCUGCUGAAACUGUGGUGGAUCGUCCAGGCUGCAUACUGGAUCCACACUCUCCCCGAACUGUACUUCCAACGCAUCAAGAAGGACGAGUGGGCCGGCCGUAUCCGCCAGGCUCUCAUCGCAUUCACUUUUGUAGCUCUGGCUUAUGGCUUCAAAUUCCAGCGUGUUGGCGUCAGUUUGGUUGUCCUGCACUCCCUGGCCGAGUUCGUGUCACACGCCUACCGUCUUAACGUCAUCCUGAGGGGCGAGCGAGAGGACUUCAUCGAGAAAUUCGGCCGGCUGGUGAAUGGGUCGGUGUUCGUGCUGGUGCGGCUGGCCUCGCUGGUGCUGGGCGUGCUCACGUUCUACUUCGGGCUGGCCGGCGCCGCGCCGCUGCUGCUCCGCGUCGGCGCGCUCUCGCUGCUCGUCUCCUUCCAGGUUUACCUCAUGUUCAACUUCAUCUCUGAAGCCAUGAAGCAGAGGCAAGAGUCCCGCCAGCUGGCCCUGAACAGGCCGAAAAAGGAAAAGAAAGACAAACCUAAAAAGGAAAAGGUAAAGAAAGCACCCGUCGAAGAAUCCGAUCUGCCGGAGGUGGACCAGAACACGAACAAAACUCUAAGGCAGCGACAAGCCGCCGCCGCCAAGGCCAAGUGAAGCCCUCCUGGUAGCCCAUAGACCUGCACUUCCGAACCGACACGCCGAACGGCCAUCACUGCAUAUUCUAAAAGCAUUGACGAUUCGACACUGACAUGACGAAAUAUUUAUUGUAGUAGCUUCCUAAGGUCCAAGGUCCUACCUAUAGUUACUCUACAGUUCGAUGAAAUUUAAAUCCUAUUCAAUAGGAACAGAGUCGCUUUUGCUUUGUUUCGUAAAGCUUUCCAACAACGCAAAAUCAACUUUAGUUCCUACACUAUUCAGGUUCAGAUUUCUAUGGCAAAUUUCGUAUUUUUCAUUUGUAUGGCUGGGCAUUAGGAGGGUAGAAAACAUUGUAUUGACUGUUCCUACACGACCCAAGGGUUAUUAAAGUUAUACCAUGACAUAAUUAAACGUCGCAAACCAUUUGUGGGAGAUAUUUUUUAAAGGUUUGGAGAAGUGACGACCAUCUGAAGUGCACGUCUGGGCUUGAUCUAGUUCAAUGAAGGUUGUCCUCGUCCUGUCGUAUCUGUCUUUCCACUACAUAACGAGUCUUUCAUUUUUAAUCUUCCUAUUUCAUGUAAUUAAUAAACAAUGUUGUGUUAACAAGUUAGAGCACAAAGUAUAUCGAUAUUUGGUCAACUAUACAUGGCUUUACCUACUUUGAUUUUUUUUUAUGUAUAUCCAACCAUUACCAGAAAAUUUUACCCCGACGUGAUAAUAAUAAAACUUACUCGUCAAGAAAUAUGUUCUGUUGAGUUGUUAGGUAGGUAUAUUCUACGUAAAUGUGGCGUUAAUUUUCUCAAGUCAUGAUUUGGAUAGCAGAACGUACUGUCAUAUAAAAGUAUAGUGGAUACAGGGUUGUAAAAUAUCUCCUAAAGUGUAAAAAUAAAUGUAAUAGGUUAAAAUGUUGUUUAUAUGAAUAUAUUGAUAAGGAUUACGAGGUACUGUGUGUUCAACACUUUAAACGGAGGAACUGCAUAGUUAAUUUGCAUUUUUAAUAUAUAUUUUCAAGAAUUCCAAUACUGAGUUAUUUUAAAUAUAUUCGUAAUUAUUUUUGUAAUGCGGAUUACUUUUUAUUACAUAAGUUCUUUUAUUUUUGUGACUAUUUAUUCUGUAACAUUCGAAGUGAAAAUUGUUUUGGUGCUCUCGAGAUUUUAAUUUAUGAAAGGUUUUAGGCUUUGUAAUAGAUUGCUCUGUUGCCGACCGCGAGCUCGCUGGGGAGCAUUCUGUUACGCCAUGAGAUUGGAUCCAUGUUUGUUGUUAUGUAUGUAAACAUUGUGAACUAAAGCAUAAAUGAAAUUAUUCUUCCUAAAUGUGAAAUUUGUGCUCACAAUUUAUAGUUAUUAUUUUAACAUGAAUUGUCAAUUUUAAAAAGCUUGAUGUUAUUUUUAUUUCAGAAUAAAUUUUGUAACAAUAA